CCGCGGCAUAGCCGCUACUAACAGGAACAUGUCAUUCAAAAACAUUUACUACUCGGACAAGUACUCGGAUGAGAACUACGAGUACAGGCAUGUUAUGUUACCUAAGGAGUUGGCCAAGCAAGUCCCAAAAACUCAUUUAAUGUCUGAAGAAGAGUGGCGAAGGCUUGGUGUCCAGCAAAGCCUUGGAUGGGUCCAUUAUAUGAUACAUGAACCUGAGCCGCACAUUCUACUUUUUAGAAGACCCCUUCCAAAAGAGCAACAGAAAUGAAAAAUGAUUUGUGUUUAUUCUUUUGGGACAAUAUGUACAUAUUGUAGUAUUCAGUGAAUACAAAGACUCUUGGUCAUACAAGCACAACUGUGCAAGAGCUGUAUAAACAGCAAAGAGCUCAGUUAGUGAACCUACAAAUUGGAGCUGCUAUUUUACGUUCUUUAUGUGUAUUUCCCCUCUUUUGUCAUGGCUGUUGUAAAUCACCACUUUUCUUGGUCUGUUUAAUAAAGUUUACAUGUUGCAUGCAUGUCUGAUCUUAAA